AUGCAAUUAACCUAUGAUGUCUUCACAUCCCAUAUGCAUGAGGCAGCAGACUAUAUCAAGAACAUCAUUGGUAAGAAGGUGGACAUAGCCGUAGUCUUGGGCUCUGGUCUUUCUGGGUUUGCCGAUAGGAUGUUUUCCACUGGUUACACUGAGAUAGAUUACGAACGCGUUCCCUUCAUGGCAAAGACCUCUGUUUCAGGCCAUUCUGGCAAGGUUCUAGUGGGGGAAAUGGGAGAUAAGACAAUUUUAUGUUUCAGUGGCCGAUUUCAUAGCUACGAAGGAUACACGCCGCCGACACUGACUAUUUUCCCUUACGUUGCAUGCUACCUUGGAGCACGCAUUUAUAUUGUUACAAAUGCGGCAGGAGGGACAAAGCGGGGCAUGGAAGCAGGGUGUUUGAUGCUAAUUAACGACCAGAUGUCCCUUCUCCGCUGGAACCCUCUUUAUGGGUACGAAUCCUGCCAGCUCCAACAUGAUCCUGACUGCCUUCUGGAGUUAGAGAAUCUCAAAGCGUUGCUGGGUUAUUUAAAGACCCCGGGUCUAUUUCAUUAUCCAAGUAGCAUCCCCAAUGCUAACAUAUAUUCUGCAGAGCUUCGUAGCUUGGUCAGAGAACUAGCAAAAGAUAAGGCCUUCAUUGAUAAGACCAGUAUCAUGCUCAAGGGGCAUAAGCACAUGGUAAAGGUCUAUGAGGGUACUUACGUGCUCAACUCGGGGCCUCACUAUGAAACGCAGAUUGACACGGAGACUAUCAUGUCACUAGGGCCCGGGGCAGUAGGAAUGUCUAGCAUUCCUGAAGCUCUUUGCGCCCGUCUCCUUGGAAUGCACGUCAUUGGUCUCAGCGUGGUAACAAAUCUAGCCGCCGGUCUUUCUAAGGAGACCCUUGAUCAUGCAGAUGUAAAAUUGGUAAGUGAUGCUGUCAGUACAGCUGUUUACGCUUUAAUUGGGGCACUUAUUGCGAGAGUCAACAUCCCCAGACUGCCCCUGCUUUCGAGGUAUACCCCCAAGGUCCGGGAUACACCGAUUGUCCCGGCUACCGAGUCCCUUCCCAGCGCAGAAGACGUUAAAGAGAUUCUAAACGAUGUUCCAGGUCUGAGUAAGCUUCGAUUUUGUCUCUUCAUCUCUUCCCCAAUCUUCUUUGUUAAACCCAUGGAUACUUGUCUGGUUGUUGGUGUGCCUCUCAACCUCUCCCUGCGAAAGAUUGUGGCCGUCUUCGAGGCAUCUAUGGAGUUAGGGAUAAGUGUCUUUCUGAUUUUAGACAGAACCCUUAUGCACCCUGGGCUGGUGCGUCUUGAAAACAUCAUGAAUUUUACCAGCGUUCAUGGUGCCUGCCUUGUCGAAUUGGAAGGCCGAGGACAACCUCUGUUCAACGGCUCUGCAUAUAAAUACUUGUCUUCGCUAGCCAAUAAUACAUUCUUAUUGGUCGUAGAAUCGCUUGAAAACCCUGCUAGUACAUACAUUACUGCGAUGCUAGGUAAGACCACCAUGACUGCAGUGACUAAUGCCUUCCAUUUCGGUCUGGUCGCCGUUGCACGGGCUCUUGGUCUCAAAAAUCUUUUCGUAGGGUCUGCUCAGCAGCUCUUGGAGAUAUGCAGUGAUCCUCGCUUUGUAUCUAUUUUGUCGACGGCCACAAAGGUUUCGAUUACACAUUCCUUGGUUAAAAAGUAUGAGUUUUCACUCUUUGAUAACAUUCAGCAGUUAAAAUAUGAACACGUAGGGCGUGUUGCCAAUGAAAUUAAAACGUAUGUGAUUGCAGAUUUUAAGAACGCUAUUCUGAUUGAUUCUGUUAAGAACCGUGUUGAUCUGUCCAGCUAUCGUCGCCUUUCAGUAUCAAGUCCGUUAGAUAUCUACUUUGAUGUGCGCACGGGCAUUCUUAUCUUCGUAGUUCCAAGUAUAUGCAACAAGGUGUCACUACAAGAAACGACGUUCCCCGCUAGGCUCUGUCAAGUCCUCGGUGUUCAGCGCGUUAUUCUCAUAACUGAUCAGGUGCAAACUAAAGACAUAUAUUGUGCAACUGAUGUGUAUAACGUUUCUUGUGUCAAUGCUCUUCGAGGACACAACGACGAUAGAUGGGGAGCACGCUUCAUAGACGUAAGUGGCAUUUGUAACAAGGGGCUAUCCAUGAACUUGCAGCGUCUGGGUUGUAGGUCCGCUAUAGCCACACUGACUUGCUCUCCACUUUGUGUUCUCACUGUCUUUCCAUAUGCACACAGACAAGGGUUUAUAGUGGUUGCAUCAGGGUGUUUGCUCUCCAUGUUUGAGCUUUCCCAGGCUCGUAUAGUUGCUGGUGCAAUCAUGGGACCUGAUCAGCAACAGCUGUUUAACAUAGCACGGAGGUGUAUCAACGAGAAUACUAUCUAA